AUGCCUUUCGCUCAACUAGUCAUCGGUCCGCCAGGCGCGGGCAAGUCGACCUACUGCGAUGGCAUGCACCAGUUCCUCACGGCCGUCGAUCGCAAAUGCGCCGUCGUCAACCUCGACCCUGCCAACGACAAGACCUCAUAUCCAUGCGCCCUCGACAUCCGGGACUUGGUCUCGCUCGAAGAAGUCAUGGAGCAGGAAGAGCUAGGCCCCAAUGGCGGCGUCAUGUAUGCCCUCGAGGAGUUGCAGGAAAACUUCGAGUGGCUCGACCAAGGCUUGAAGGAACUCGGCGACUCGUACAUUCUCUUCGACUGCCCCGGCCAGGUCGAGCUAUUUACACAUCACAAUACAAUGCCCACGUUGUUCCACCGGCUCGAGAAGAUUGGCUACAGAAACUCUGAGCCUCUACCGUUCAAUCUAGACUACUACACCGAAGUCCAAGACCUGGACUACCUAUUGCCACAUCUCGACGCCGAACAAAACAACACAUCGGUGCAGAACCUCCAAGACCGCGCCGGAGACAGAGACAUUCCCAAACCGCCACAGUCAAAGUUCACAGCCCUCAACGAAGCUCUGAUCCAACUGAUUGCUGAUUUUGGCCUCGUCGCCUUCGAGACUCUUGCUAUCGAGGAUAAGGUCUCCAUGACGAACCUGCUGCAUGCUGUCGAUCGUGCUAGUGGUUAUGUCUUCGGCACAGACAAGGGCACAAAUGACUCGGUCUGGCAGGUUGCCAUGCAGGAAGGCUGGGGUGGAAAGAUCCAUGUCAGAGACGUCCAGGAACGCUGGAUUGACAGACGCGACGAGUUUGACGACAUGGAAAGGCAGCAGCUCGAGCAUCAAAAGGCAGAAGAAGCUCGCCGGACAGGCCAGCCCGAAGUACGACGCGUACCUACACAAGACCCAUCUUUCGAGAAGAGCACGCAAAAUGCGCCCUACGACCAUGACCAAGACGAAGACCUGGAAGAAAUGCAGGCUGCCUUCCUCAGCAAACAGUCAACCGACACCGACAACGGCAUCAAGGUAGUCAGAAAAGAUUAA